AUGUUGCGACGUCUUGUUAGCGGUCACAGCUUUGGCGUUGGUAGGAGUGCUGAUGGUGGCUGUGGCUGCUGCCGAUGUCUCCGUCGGGUCAAUGAGGAGCUGCCUGUGUUUUACUCUCUCACGCUGCAGCGGCGUUUCUCCUUCAAGUACGCCACGAAGCUGCAGCAUGAUGAGAUGCGGCAGCCGUUUUACAUACACGAGAAGCGGCAUGGCGUCUUCAGUAACGAGCAGAACAUCAGGAAGUCGCGUCGUGGUUUGCCUUUUAUUACUCCACUGUACACGCGUCACAUGAAUCUGUGGGAGACCGACACGGACGCAUCCAACAAUCGCUUCUUUAGAGGGUACGUCUUCGGCCAGCGGGAACUGCAUCAGCUGCUCGGCCGUCCGCACGGGUUUGAGGCAAACAACACGGACGGCAGCAAUAACAUUUCCGACUAUGAAAUGUCGACAAACCAGCAGUUUAAGGGUCUAGCGCGCCCGGCGAUAGCAAAUCUGCACUAUGAGCCAGAGUGGAGUUACACGCUUUAUCGUGCUGGGGCCCACGGGGCGCAGCUCUCUAAUCCCCGCAGCCCACUAACGGCGGAGGUGCUUGGGGAUGAGUUGCUGCAAAUACGCGAUAUUAAGAGCCUGGAGCACUGCAAGGCGUGGUUUGCACGUCUGCAGUACCUCAUUAAGCUCCAUUACGAUGCGGUGGGGGACAUUGGUGAGUUCAAGUCACGUCAUACGCAGCACGUGCAUGAGUUCUUUGUUGCCUUUCACGAUGCCUUGAGUAGCUUUGACUUUGGCGACGCCUAUCUAGUUGAGCACUUCAACGCCGCUCGACCGAGCGAGUUGCAGGAUCUCUUUGGCAUCUUCCUUGAAAUGGAGGCGAAUUACGUGCACGAGGGAUUCUGCCCACGCUGCAGUCUGCCGUACAACACAACGCGUUACUGUGGUGAGGGUGACGCGAACACGCCAUUCCGCAAGCACCGUGGACGGUGGGCGCCGCAUCAGCGGUGGGGACGUGAGUGGUACACCGUAGUAGCCCGCCGUGCGGAGGCGCUGUGGCACCGCGCAACCGAAGACCCUUUCUUUGGCGCCCCGCAGCACACCCAACGUCAGGCAGAGGCCUUGUUGCAUGUCUACGUUCAAACGAAGCAUCGGGGGAAGGCAAUUGACUUUAUUAACGCGCUGCGGGGGAGCAAAGAGUUUUUGAUGGGAUACAUACACAUCACGCCAGAGAUGCAGGCGUCGUACGACCGUCUGCUUGAUACAACGCCGCAUCCGCAUCUUCUCACAAAUGGGUUUGCCUUGGAGAGUAACGCGGCGAAGUAUACAGGGGAGGUGCAAAAGGUGCCAUUUUCACCCCUGCAGUUUCGCAUUGAUAUGGAGAUGAGUAAAUACCGACGACAACAAAAAGAAGAAGGAGCGGUGCGUGUGCCACCCGCCAUGUGGCGCCUUGACACCUCCGCAAUAGUGCCGUACAAGCUGGAUCCCAGAACAAAACGCGUUAUCAACUGGCGUGAGGUGAAGGAGGGGAUUGAGAAGUCGUUCCUGUCAACAGGGCUUCCAAAAGAGGCAUACACAGGUAGUGAGUGGCGGGAGAUGUUGCAUCUGGAGGCUGUCAUUGCUGGCCGCGCGGCAAAGGCGGCAAAGCUGGAGCGACAGCUUCACGCAGACAAGACUAAACUGCUGGAUGCUGCAGCCACACAGAAAACAGCCUCUGAUACAGCUGUGAGUACCCACAUCGCCAGUAUUAUCUUUCCAGACAAGGACGGUUAUCAAUGCUUUGAUACACGUGUGGCGUCGCUAAAACCUUUUGGAGUCAGUCAGUCAGGUGCUGUGUUUCAGUGUGUCACGCAUGCAUACCCCUCGCCUAGCGCCGUACCGUACAAUGAUCCAGUGCAUGGGAAACAGUUUCUCCUUGACACAACACGUGAGGCGUGCCACCUCUUUGGCGGCUUUGAGCAUGGUGAUCGUCUUUUGCUUCGUGCAAAGGACAAUAGUGACAAAAAGAAGUCAAAUACGACCAGUAGUGCUGUGGUAGCAAAGGGAAACGAGUUUGAGGUCAUUGUGAUGGGGGUCAGCAAGGAAGGUAGUGACUCGGAAUGGCAGCUGUGCGCCAUGCACGUGGAUUCUGCGCAGCAGCGGGAACAUGGGAUUGUCUUCCUUGGCACGGAUUGCGUCGACAUACGUGCACGGUGGGCGUCGGUGCGUUACGCUGCCGCCGCAUCGCAUGUGAAGGGACGUGUGACACUAUUGGAGCCGCAACGCACCGCACGUGAGGAGUCCUUGGGACAAAUAGUCGGUGUUCGCGAUGGUGUCUUAUUCGUGCAAUGGCGUCUUCUGCGAGGUGGUGGCAGUCAACUGGACCGCAGCGUUGCCGAGCCGAUUGGCACGGCAGAGCAGGUGCGGGACGCCUACACCCUUACAGAGCAGGGUGUGGAGGAGUUACAGCAUCCUCCGUCGUGGCGUACGCCGUUUCGUAACGAUUUCGCGGAAGAGCGGCUGGAGGAACUACGGCAGGCACCUUUUAAACGUGAGAAGUGGGCCUCCCUCGUCCAGGGACGCUACACAGCAAAGCGUAAACGGUUUGGAUACACGCAACACACCACCGUAGAUGACUUUGAGACGAAGGAGUACAAGGAUCGGUUGCUCUCAAAGCAGUUCUUUCAUAACCCGCAGGCCUUUGAAGUUAUCCCGGAUCGCCGCGAACGGGCUGUGACGUUUGGUGGUAAAUGGGAAUAUCAGCGCACGCAGGGACUCCCAACGGUGGAUCGCAAUGAACUAGAGAAUGGCUGGAGUGAAGUGGAGGCGGUAACGGAUGCAGAAAUGCGUGUGAUUGAGCAGGCACUGCGAGACAUCAGCGGUAGACGACCAGGGAACUUUAUCAAACCACCCACGAAAACGAAAUCGUUGCAGUUAAAUGAGAGUUGGUGGGAGCCGCUGGAGUUUGGCUGGGAUCAGCAUAACAAGGAGCAGAAGGCGUUGGUGGAUCCAACGGAGCAGCGCCUGAUAGACAGUUCAACCCUCCCAUUUAGUGGCAAAAUCCCACCCUUUGGUACCACGAAUGGUAUUGGAGAACGCAUACGUGAAAUCGCGGAGGAUUACGCCAAGGGAUUCGGAUUGGGGCCACAUGGGCACUCCCCCUCACACGACACAAGUCAUUACAAUACCCUCAAUGCCGAGGAUGACAGGGUGCGAGAAUUGGGCUACCAGGAUGCGCUUGUCCGCCUGUUUAACGAGAAGCUUGCGGACACGGAUGUGCAUCAGUGGGCUGUGGAACAAUGUGCUGACGGAGAGGCCGAUGUGCGACGGCUGCUGCUCUCGCUGCACGAGUGGCGUGAGCGCGGACGACCUCCCUCCCUGCUGCUGCUGCAGGUGCUUUCUAAAUACCUUGAACAGGAGAUUGCGACGUUCAACGCGGGAAUUCCAGCCUCCGUGCCCAAGCUGUCGCUGCAGACCGUGGACGGCAUCUUGUCCCCGUCUGGCAACAACGGAGAGCGUAGUGGGACGAUGUGGGCGGAUGUGGAGCCCACCGCGUAUGCGUUGCAGUCCGCCAGCCAAGCCAGCCACGGCAACGUUGAUGAACCUUUUAUUCUUCACUUGCUGAAGCGUGCUAAACUUGAGAAUUCCAACGCUAAUUUUACCGAUCCGCUCUACAACGCACACCUUGAAAACUCCGUGGUGAGCGAGUUCCAGCUUGGCCUCGCGGCGUUAGUCGGCAAAGGUGUCUCACCGACUCUCCUUGCCCACAAAACUAGCCAACUACACCGCGGUUCCGUGCGGAUGAGUGGAAACGUCAUUCCGUUUGUCAAGAGCCGAGAGUUGGCGCGCUUGCUGGAGCGUAUGGGACUCUCGUCAGAGAGCAUUGCCGUUGUAACUCGUGGUCUCGCCAACUGCCCGGAGCAGGAGUCGGUUGGGGAUGACUUUAUUGUGCCUGUUUCGCUUAUUUUGUCCUGGGCCGGGCCGGGUUCAGGUUUGUCUGUAAGCGUGGCGGAUCGAAAGGGCAAUGCGACACAAUCGCGUAAUGAGCAGCAUCGCAAAGGUUCUGCCGCACUUUCUAGUGCAAUUCGGCAUCUGGGGCAAAAAGCGCUCCGGUACGAGGAACUCGCAAAACGAGGACAAAAUGAUGGUGCACGUCAUCGAGGAGCUGUCGCUGCAGGAUGA